GGCGUCAGCUGCUACCACAUACAUCAACACCACAGAAGAAGAAAGGACGCGACGUAGCUGUGCUGAGUGUAAAAUGGCGACGAUUGUGUGUCAGUCAAAACACAACUGAUGAAGAUAAACACGAGAGAAAAGAUAGACAAAUUUACGUUUUCAAGAGUUAUUUGUUUGAUCUCAACAAGGUUCAGCCAUGACCGAGGAGAACAGCGUUAGUUCGGAGGGGAUAGUGGGCUUGGAUGAGCCCAAGAAGAUGACCAGGGAGGAUUGGAGGAAGAAGAAGGAGCUAGAGGAACAGAGGAAGCUGGGAAACGCUCCAGCUGAGGUUGACGAGGAGGGGAAGGACAUAAACCCUCACAUCCCACAGUAUAUCUCUUCAGUGCCAUGGUAUAUUGACCCAUCCAAAAGACCCACACUAAAGCAUCAGAGACCCCAGGAUGAAAAGCAUAUGCAAUACUCAGCCAUUGGAGACUGGUAUAAGAGAGGAGUGCAAGAGACUGAUGUUGUCACUAAGUUUCGUAAGGGAGCUUGUGAAAACUGUGGCGCCAUGACACACAAGAAGAAAGACUGCUUGGAGCGACCCAGAAAAGUUGGGGCAAGGUACACAGGCACAAGCAUUGCUCCAGAUGAACACAGUCAGGUCCAGCUCAGUUUGGACUAUGAUGGGAAGCGGGAUCGUUGGAAUGGUUAUGACCCAGAGGAACACCAGCGCAUUGUGGAAGAGUACGCCAAAGUUGAUCUAGCCAAAAGGACACUGAAGGCACAGAAACUUCAGGAUGAGUUAGCCUCAGGAAAACUGGACCAAAGUGAGCGAGAACAUGACAGUGAAGGUGAGGAUGAAGAUAAGUACGCAGAUGACAUUGACAUGCCCGGUCAGAACUUUGAUUCUAAGAGACGAAUCACAGUCAGGAAUCUGCGUAUCAGAGAAGACACAGCUAAAUACUUGAGAAAUCUGGAUCCAAAUUCAGCCUACUAUGAUCCAAAGACUCGAGCUAUGAGAGAGAACCCUUACUCCAGUACUGGCAUGAACCCUGACGAAGUCGGAUACGCUGGCGACAACUUUGUUCGCUAUUCUGGCGACACAAUCACGAUGGCUCAAACACAGUUGUUUGCCUGGGAAGCCUAUGAGCGAGGCUCUGAGGUGCAUCUGCAGGCUGAUCCCACCAAGCUGGAGCUGCUCCACCGCUCCUUCAAGGUCAAGAAGGAGGACUUCAAGGAGGAACAGAGGGAGAGCAUCCUGGAGAAGUAUGGAGGUGAAGAGUUCUUGGAUGCUCCACCACGGGAGCUGCUGUUGGCCCAGACGGAGGACUAUACGGAGUACUCUCGUCAUGGCGCUGUACUGAAAGGACUUGAGAAGGCCAUCGCCCGCUCCAAGUAUGAGGAGGACGUGCUCAUCAACAACCACACUUGUAUUUGGGGCUCGUACUGGAAGGACGGCUGCUGGGGAUACAAGUGCUGUCACUCCAUGGUCAAACAAAGCUACUGUACAGGAGAGGUUGGAAUUGGAAUAAACAACUCAGACCGUGCUCCAUUUGAAGGGGCGCUAACCGAGCCACAGGAGGAAGAACAGCCCAAGUCUCUGCUGGAAAUGCAUCGAGAUAAGAUUAAAGAGAAGAAGAAGAAAAAGAAGAGCAAAAAGAACAAGAAGCACGGCUCUAACAGUGAUUCGGAGGAUGAAGAGAAGAAGAAGGAGAAACUGAAGAGGGCACUGGAAGCAGAGGACAGGUGGGUGAAGCACAUAGAAGCAAUAAUGCAGCUGGAUGAGAGGAAGAGGCCAUACAGCAGUCUGCAGGAAGUGAAGGCACCCACUGAGGAGGAGAUGGAGGCCUUCCGUAUGAAACGCAGCCGGCCGGAUGAUCCCAUGGCUUCCUUCUUGGGAGAGUGAGCUCCUCUUAUCCCUGCUGACUCCCUGAAACUCUCCCUACGGACUCUACAAGAGCAGCUGCUCAGUGGAAAAAGUCUCCAAUUAUAAAACUCAACUUUCAACCUGUACAUUUACAGCACACAUUUGCUUUUUGGUCACCAAUGUAGCAUAAACUGUGUACAGUAUAUUCUAUGUUUUUGUUUGCCCUUUUUUAUUUUUCAAGCAUCAGGAAAUUACACCUAACCAGUUCCACAUUUAAAAAGUAAAAAUGACACUUUUCUUGGAUGCUUUUAAGCACAUUUCAGUCAAACAUAAAAUAGUCCACCCUUAGUAACAGUAAGGUAUUUCACUGAGAUCAAUGCAUUUUAUAAUAAAAAUAUAUUUGUCUGAA